AGGUUUUCGUCGAGCUGGACUGAAAUGAAUCGACCUGUCGCGUCAACCACCGCCAUGGCGUUACCGUUUCUACCGGGAAACUCCCGCAACAAACACCUCGGGAAGGAGAAGUUCCACAAGUCCCAUCAUUUCGACGUCCCCAACGGAGUCUCGAUGCUGGCGGCGUCGGAGAGGCCGGGCAUUGGUGGAGAGCUGCUCGUCGGCCAGAAGAUUCGACCGAAAUAUUCCGUCUACCCGGAAGGACGAGGCGGCGGUGUACCGUUGUGGGUCGCCUUCGACAAACAGGUUUUGUGUUUUGAGGCGUUCUUCGAUGAGGCCGUGCCCGGGGCCCGGGAUGAGAAGUUCAGAAUCAGAAAAUGUAACAUCUACUUCUACCUGGAAGACGACACCAUACAGGUGGUGGAGCCACAGUUCAAGAACAGCGGCCUCAUUCAAGGAACGCUCAUUCGUCGCCACCGCGUCCCACUGCCGCCCCCGAACGGCGACCAGUUCUACAACAUUUUCCAUUUCAACAUUAACCAGCAGUUGGUGAUGUACUCUCGCACGUUCACCGUGACCAGCUGUGACCCAUACACCAGGGGGUUCCUCACGAAACUCGGCGUGCGCCUAAACGACUCCACUGCCGUGCCCGACGACCCCUACAGCAUCCUCCGGGAACAGAUCGACAAACGCAUGGAUCCACUUCGGCCGUACGAGCGUCAAGACACGCUCAAACAGUUCCUGGACCUGGACGGCCAAGUGCUGCGCUUCUACUGCUUCUGGGACGACACGGGGAGCAUGUUCGGCGACCCGCGGGACCUCAUCAUGCUCUACUACCUGGCCGACGACACCCUGGAGCUGCGGGAGGUGUUCGCCCCGAACUCGGGCCGAGACGUCGUGGCCAAGUUCCUGCACCGCGGCAAACUUCCCAAGAACGCUCCGGCCCCGAUGAAGCAGCCCGGACAGACCACCGACCGCACGGUGCUCAACGUGUUCAACUCGGAAAGUCACGGACAACGCUACAUCUUGGACAGGCUCAAAAUUGCCGACGGCCACGAGGAGUUCUAUAAGGACGUUGAUCUGACGUUGGGUGGGCAGCUGAACGUGUUCGGCAGGAAACUUCUCAUCGCCGACUGCGACGACUUCACCAAAGACUACUACCGCUCCAAACACGGCAUAGAGGACUUCAACCCGAUCAAGUACAAAUCUCCCGCCGUCCCGAAGCCCGCGAGGCUCGUGCCCCCCUACAACGGCUUCGGCUCCGAGGAGGACUCGCUCAGCUUCUGCUGGGGCCUGCUGCCCAAGCGCCCACAGAAAGACUUCCGCAAGUUCAUGGAGAAAGACAGAUGCGGCCUCGACAGUAAUGUGCUGAUUUUCCGAGCGGCGUUGGUGAGCAACGAUCCGGUCGACAGAGAGCGGGUGUUCUUCAUCUCCUUCUACCUCAGUGACGACACCAUCAGCGUGCUGGAACGCCCGCAGAGGAACUCAGGUGUCAUCGGUGGAAAGUUCCUGGAGCGCGGCCGCGUGAGGAAGCCCGACCAGGAGCUGUACAAGAGCGACCCGUCCGAGUACUUCGUAGCCCAGGACCUGUACGUGGGCGCCUCCCUCUGCAUCAACAGCCACCACUUCAGGCUGCUGGACACCGACGAAUACACCUUCAGCUACAUGGAGACGCACGCCGACGAGUUCCCCAAAGCCGACGUGGCCAACAUCCUCAACAAACUACGUGCCGUUCCGGAGGAGAAACGGAGCGAGAUCCGGAAGUUUCUGACUCUUAGUGACCCCGGCAGCAACGGCUUCAUCCCCUACGAGUCGUUCAGGAGCCUGCUGACGGGCCUGGACUGCGGCCUGUCGGAGCACGAGGUGCUGGUGGUGGGCCGACGCUUCAGCGAGCGCAUGACGCCCGAGGCCGACGUGGGCCUGAAGCUGGCCGUGGCCCAGGACCUCCUGCGGAAGAAGCACUUCAUAGCCUUCACCGACAUGGUCAAGGCCUGCGUGCACAGCGACCGGCACAGAACGGGCCGUCUCUCCACCAAAGAGACGAGGACCAUCUGCAAGGGGUCCCGACUUCCGCUGCCCGACGACCUGCUUGAAGAUCUGCUCAGCAAGUUUGCAGAUGGGGACGAGAUGGACUACGAUGCCUUCCUCGCUGGUAUCAACUGGGUGGAGCACCCUGCUCCCCCCAUAAUGGCAGACGACGGCAUAAAGCUGCUCUUUUCCUCGUCGGGUUCUAAGCCCAAACUAGUCGCUCAGUCUCUGCUCAACUACUCUUCCCUCCUUUCAAAGAUCCAAGACUGCUACAGUUCACGAGGACUUUGAGAAGCACUGUGAUCUGACAGUAGAUGAGGAGGUGGACGUGUUUGGCAGGAGCCCUCUCAUCGCUGAUUGUGAAUACUCGGACAUGACCUUGUACCUCUCACUCUUUGUCACUUUCUUACCCUCCCUCCUUCUAUAUUACUUGCUGUACAUCAUUUUUGCUUCCUCUCUCUCUCUCCCUUGGUUGCUGUGCAUUUAUCGGUCUUGUGAAUGUCAAGCUUCUAAUAAACUAUACAUUUGGCCCUGAGUUCUAAAAA